AUGACUACAAUUAGUCCCGGCAUAUCAGCAUCUUCGACAAUGAGUAUACCUUCAAUCUCUCAAACACAAUCACCGUCAGCUGCAGGAGCAACUUAUUCCGAUAUUUCUACAACAAACUCAACUCCUUUGGCAAUUCCUCUUGACUUAAGUACAUUAUGGGUUGAAUAUAAGAGUACUGAUGGAAGAGUUUAUUAUUACAACGCCAAGACGCGUGAUACAACUUGGACAAAACCCGAUGGUCAACGUGUUAUGUCACAAGAGGAAGUCGAUAAAUUACUAGCUAAUCCUUCUGCUGCUCAGGCAGAAUCAACAUCUUCAUCUCCCACUCUUUCUACCACUUCAACAACACGGACGCAAACGGCAUUGGGUGAAAUAGUGAGUGAUAAUGCGAAAGAUGAGAAAACGCUACAAGCAAGUCAAGAUCAAACACGUAUAUCUUCCACUGAAUCUAAAAAUGUUGAUGGUACAUCACCAAACGAUCAAACGAAUCAGCAACCAUCAACUACCUCCGAUCAAUCAGCAUACAAUACGGGACAACGUUACAGUUAUCCACCCACUGGAAUGAUGCCACCAUUUGGAAUGCCACCACAGGCCAUGAUGAGUAUGAUGGGAAUGAUGCCACCCCAUUUACUGGCACACAUGAGUCAUAUGAUGCCACCGGGCUUUCCAUACAUGCCACCAAAUCCUCAAAUGAUGCGUUAUCCAUUUAUGAUGCCACCAUUCAUGCAUCAAACGCCAGGAGCUAUACAACAACAAACUCCAUCAUCUUCAACAAAAACAACGUCUAGCGCUGUUGUUAAUGCCGAAUUACAAAAGUUAAAACAACAAUUAAAUGAACUUGAAGAUAAAUUAUCAGCAGCGAAAAAUGAUGCAGCUGUUUGGUCUGAAUACAAGAAUCCUGAAGAACGAGCCUAUUAUUAUAAUUCAAAGACAACAGAAUCAACGUGGGAUAAACCUUUGGUUUUUACCGAAUUAGUUGAAUUACAAGAGCAAAUAGAUUCAUUAAAAAAAAACAUUCAACAAUCGGAGGAAGAAGCUAAACGUCUUGAACAAGAAACGAAUACUAUUGGUAAUGCAGCUAAAGUGACUGAUGAUAGAAUUUCAUCGUUCGUCAAUGGUUAUACCGUUGAAAAAAUGGAUAUUAAUGACAUACGGCGAAUGAACAACAAAAUGGAUUCAACUACAGGACUAAUUGGACCAGAAGAAAGACGAACAGAUGACGAAAAAUCAAAACAAAAAUCAAGACCAAUCUCAAGCAUACCGGUUUCAGGAACACCAUGGUGUAUUGUAUGGACUAGCGAUGGUAAAGCAUUUUAUCAUAAUCCAACACAACAUUUAUCUCUAUGGGAUAAGCCUGAAGAUUUGAUAGGGCGUACUGAUGUUGAUACUAUAUUGAGUGAACCACCUAAACAGGUUGAUCCAGCUGUUUUACGCGCUGUGGUCAAGAAGAAACUGGAUCCAAAGUCAAGUGAAGAUGAACCAGAGUCAAAAAAAUUAAAAAGCGAUACAACUACAGCGGCUAAAGCAAAAGUCGAACAAACUAUAAUUAACACUCCCUCUUCAAACACUAGUAUUACUAAUGGUACCAGUCGGGUAGACGUGAAGAAGGAAGAUGACGAAGAAGAAGGGACUGAUGGAAAUAAUGGAGAAAAUGUUACCACUAAUACUUCGAAUACUUAUAAUUCCGUUAGUUUAACAACAGACGAUUCUACCAGCAAAAUUCAGCCGACUCGAAUUGCUGCUGGAAAAGAUGCGGCAAUUGAAGCAGAAGCAAAAGCUGCACAACAACGCGCUGUUGUGCCAUAUGAAACGAGAAUGAAACAAUUCCGUGAAAUGUUAGCAGAAAAAGAAGUAUCAGCAUUUGCAACAUGGGAAAAAGAAUUAAAUAAAAUUGUUUUUGAUCCAAGAUAUUUAUUACUCACAGCCAAAGAACGUCGACAAGAAUUUGAUAAAUUUGUUAAAGAACGAGCUGAUGAAGAGCGUAAAGAAAAGGCAGCAAAAUUAAAAAUGAAAAAGAAACAAUUUCAUGAUUUAUUAAAAGAUGCUAACUUAAGUACAAGAACAACGUUUAAUGAAUUCUCAUCACGUUAUGGUAAAGAUGAGCGUUUUCGUGCUAUUGAAAAGUCGCGUGAUCGUGAAGCAUGGUUUCAAGAAUAUUUAAUUGAACUUAAACGACGAGAAAAAGAAGAUCGUUAUAGUGAUAAAGAAAAAUUGAAAACGGAUUUUUUUUCAAUGUUAAAACCAUUGAAACUGACACGAAAAUCAUCAUGGUUCGAUAUCAAACGUACAAUUGAACAUGAUCAACGUUACAAAGCAAUUGAUUCAAGUUCAAAACGAGAAAAUUGGUUUCAAGAGUUUUUAUCAAAAUAUGCAAUUGAAAGUGAGAAAACCGAGUCAAAAACUGAUGCACUAUCAGAGGCUGAUGAAGAAGAGAAAGUACGACAACGUGAGAAAGAAAAACAAGAACGUAUUGAUGCAAGUAUAAAGAAACGUACAGAAGAGGUAAAAGAACAAUUAUCAACGUACCAACGUGAAUUGGAAAAAGAGCGUGAACAAUUGAAAAAAGAAAAAGCAGUUGAAAAUUUCAAAGCAUUAUUAACUGAUAUGGUUCGAACGCCUGAUGUUGAUUGGAAAGAUACAAAAAAAUUACUACAUAAAGAUCAACGAUGGGAACAAUGUAAACAAUUAGAACGUGAACAUCGAGAAAAUUUAUUUGAUGAACAUAUAAAUCAAUUACAAAAGAAACGUAAAACAGCAUUUCAUCAAUUAUUAAACGAAAAACAAGACAUUGUAACGUUGACAUCAACAUGGAAAGAAGUAAAAAAAGCAAUUAAAAAUGAUCCACGUUUUGAAAAAUUUUCUACUAGUGAUAAAAAGAAAGAAAAAGAAUUUGAUGAAUAUAUUAAACAAAAAUAUCUUGAUGCAAAAAAUGACUUUAAAGAGUUAUUACGAGAAACAAAAGUCAUAACACAUAAAUCAUUGCAAAUGAUCAAUGAAUCUGAACAACAGCUUCGUGAUAUUGAAAUUAUACUUAAAAAUGACAAACGCUAUUUGUCUCUUGAUGUUGCACCGGAAGAACGAAAGAAAGCUUUGAUGUCUUAUCUUGAAGAAAUCGCUGUCAAAGGUCCACCGCCACCACCCACAGCUUCGGAACCAAAUUCUAGACGAAAAAUUCAAUAG